CUUAGAAAUAAGCUUGUUCGUCACAAAGAUACAGAAUACAUUGGGGGGAUCAAAGCCCAACUGUUUGGACCUUGAAAGCAUUCAACGAAGAGUUGGCUCUCUUGACUUGUGCGCUACUUCGUCGUGAUUAACUGAGUGUACUAGUUUCUACUUUAGAUUUUUCUGGCAAGUAUCCUAGUCUCUUGCAUAUCAGUUUUUUAUUUGUAUAUUUGGCAUACAUAUCGUUUUACCACCUGAGCCAUUUAACUUGAAGUUCCAAUACUAGAAAAUAUAAUAUUGAGUCUGUGACAUCAUCAACGUUAUUCAGUCUUCAGUAAUAAGGAUAAGAGGUCUAUCGACCUGUAUUAAUCCUGUAGUUUGUAAUACUGUGGAGGUCCAAUCUCGUCUUGAAUAUAUCAAUAGGUGUUGAUAUUACGUGUUCCGGUAGAGAGUUCCUGUAAUUUACUACUCGGUGCGAGGAACGUAACUCCAGACGUAAAAGAUUUGAUCUCGGGUUUUUGAACUUUCUUCAAAUGUCCUCUCAAAUGACCAGCCCCAGACAGAAGUAAAAAAUAAGACAUGUUAAUACCAAGAUCAUCGUUCAGUAUACUAUAAGCCAAUAUUAGAUCAACCCGUAUUCUACGGUAAAAUAAAAGAAAUAAGUUAAGGUGUCUCAGUCUAUCUCCAUAAGAUAGGCAAAAUAGACCUUUUGCCAUCUUUUCACCUCGUCGUUGGACUCUUUCCAGCAUAUCUGCUUCAUACUUGAUACAAGGACUCGCUGCUUGAAUCCCAUAUUCCAAAUGUGAUCGCACGUAAAUCGGAUAUAAUAACUUAAACAAUUCGUCAUCUAAAUACUGGAAAGACCUACGAAUAGACCGUAACACCCCAUAGUCUUUCGCAGCAGCAGCCUUACAGUGACUGGUAGUUUUGAGAUCACUGCUUAAUAUGACUCUUAAAUCUUUGUAGUUUCUUACUUUGGGUAGCACGAAUCCACAUAUUGUUUAGUGAUACGAAUCAUCAUAGUUAUUUAAUUGCAUCACCGCACUCUUGUUAGGAUUUACUUCUAGUGACCACCUGUCCAACCAUGCCACCAAUGAGCUAAGAUCAUCCUGUAAUACUAUUCUGUCCGACAUACUGUGUGUGGGUAUCCAAAUUUUUAAAUCAUCAGCGAAGAGUAGAACGGAUGAUUUUGCUACAGUUGGCAAUUCCUUUACAUAAAGUAAAAAGAGAAGAGAACCAAGGGUUGUACCUUGGGGAACUCCGCUUUUUACGGUUACCCACGGGGAAAGAGCUCCAUUAACCCUUACCCUUUGUCUUCUGUCAUGGAGGGAGUUACUUAUCCAAUCUACGACAGUUUAAUGGAUUCUAAAACGUUCCAGUUUGGAUUUAAGACCAGAAUGGGAGACCUUAUCUAAGGCCUUAUUUAGAUCUAUGAAAACCACAUCCACAGGAGCAUUCCGAUCCUUUGCCACAGCCCAAUCUUCUCUUGCAUUGAGAUUUGUCAAGCGUGAUAGGCCUCUCUGAAAACCGUGUUGUUCCCUGGAGAAAAGAUUAUACUCUUCACCAUGGUUUAUAACGGACAUCUGAAUGAUUUUUUCAAUCAGUUUUACAACCACACUAGUUAAACUAACGGGUCCAUAGUUGCUAACUAAAUCCCUACUCCCAUCCUUAUACACCGGACUUAUUAUCGCGUCUUUUCGGCCUCUGGGCAGUCUGGACUGCCUCAUAGGCAUGUCAGCCCUCAAAUGCCCUGGUAUGGCUGAGAGUGUUGGGCCCGCCCUCCUUUCGAAAUGCUCUCACAUGGCCACGCGUAUACAGCUUCUGCCAGGGAAGUCCAACUCACUGCCUUCUCGUGGCGAGAGUGUUGCUUACGAAAAUGAAGGGAUGAAAAGCGAAUGUCCGGCGCUUUAACCGGAUUCCAAGCCAUUGGUGCAUAUGGGCUCCAUUAUCCUCGAUAAACAAAUGGCGUAUGAACCAAUUGUUGGUAACCGGCUUCCAUGGAACUGCAUCUCUUUACGAUGCUCAACUGCCUUGUGGAUCAGACCUUCAGGUCGAAGGAUCGGGCAGUGGCCCCCUGAGAAAACCACCUGCUUCGGUUUGGGCACCCGGGCAAUAUCACAGCCUUCACAAAUAUCGAAUGAGAAGAGUGUGGUGGAUAUGUAUUCGGUGCCUCAUUGUACCAAUAUCUAUGUGCUAAAAUAAAUAAAAUAACAAUUGAAGUGUUCACGGUAAGUCCGUCGCCAUGAAAUGACGAUAUUUACAGAAAAUUCUAUCUGAAUGGUCAGUAAUAUCAAGGGACUAAUUUUAAAUAGCAUACAGUAGAAUUGUCGUCCAUAGACAACAAUAAUACACGAGCGCGUUUCAAAAAGGGCAGUGAUUUUGUACUUGAUGUGAUUAUUCUUGCUUUUGUGUAAUUGUUGUAUCAAAAGCAUUCUUGGUCUAUUUUAUAUUAAAAGUACUUUAGUUAAGGUUUGAAAUCUUGCUAAAGUUUGUCUUGUGGUACCCUUUUACUCAUUGACUGACACUUGUGUUCAUAUUUUGUUUGAAACCUUGAUCUGACUAAAAUGGUUGGUACUACUCACAAACGUGGACAACCAAACUGUGUGUUCCUUGUGGAAGAGGGAAUGCAGUGUGACGAAUGCAAUAAGUGGUUCCAUAAGAUGUGCACUCGUUUAAGUCCCACCGCAUACAAAAGAUGUUCGAAGCCUAACUCAUAUUGACUUUGCAUGUUUUGCUGUGCAAAUAAGGCAUUACUAAUACAGGAGGCUAUGAGCCUAUUGGCUUUAGGCUGUAAGAAGAACGAUGGCAUAUGCGCUGACAACACGGGCACUGACAGUGACGAAUGUGUCAGUGUAGUACCUGCUGUUACGCGACGCCUCAAACAACAGACUCUGACCGACGUAAAAGUGAAAUCUCCGUUAACAUUAACAAUGGAAGUAGUACCACCUGGUACUGACAUUGGUAACAAUGCACCUUUAGUGGGAACCGACGAACUGGAUAAAACCGUCACCGUUCCAAAUAGUCCCAGUGUCCUGAGGGAUGAAAAAUGGACUACGGUACGUCGGAAACGAAACGAAAAAAACCGUAGGCAGUACACAGGUAGUUAGUAACUCACUGGUGGACUUCCAUUGUGAGUCACAAACUGCACUACCAAAAUCUGAUGGUAAGAGUGAAACCCAUCCUGGUGUGACUGAGAAGAAAAAUCAAAUAACAUCUAAUAUUAUUGUGAACAAAUUGCAGGAGUCAAACGACCCUGAUCCUAAAAUUAGACACGCGCAUGAUUUAGAAAAGCUAGGAGAAUAUAUUCGUAGUAUUUUACUAGAUAACUCUAAAGGAGUUCAGGUCAAAAAAUUGGUUAGAAUAGGCAAGAGGACUGAGGACAGUGUUGAACCCCGACCAUGCAGACUCCUUAAGGUAAUUCUAGGAUCAGAUAAGCAACGGGAUCUCCUGUUAAGUAGCGCUCAUAGUCACGACGAUUCCAACAUCCGAGUUAGACCUGAUAUGUCUCUCGAAGAUAGAAUAAAAAGGAAGAAAGCACUAGUUGAACUUGAAACCCAUCGGCAAAACGGUGAGGAAAAUCUCCGGCUAGUGGGUUUUCGGAUAGUCAGGUCUUGGAAGUGAAUGCUACCAAGGCCUGUGUGGAUAGGCCGUUCUACCUAGGAAUUUUAUAUGCUAACGCUCUAAGAAAGAAGUUUUAUGAACUAGAAGCAUUAGUGGACAAAUUAAGGCCACUCAUUGUAGCAGUGACAAAAACUUGAUUAGUCCAUGACUUAGACAUUACUUCAGAAUUAUCCGGAUACCACUAUCUACGGAGUCAUAGACAUAGAUUUAGAAAAGGAGGUAGCGUCCUUUUAUAUAUAGCCAAUAAUAUAAAUAUCCUCUCCUCUGCUAGCGAAUCCCAUGAUAGCGGUACUUGUUAGGUCAUUAGCUGUGAAUUGGCUAUCGGAUAUGGUACAUUUAUGCUCGGUGUCAUCUAUCGCAGCCCAAUCUGCUUAGCUAAUAACUUUGUUUUAGAGCACAUCCAAUUAUGGAGUGCAAAUUACAGAUGCUUGAUAAUAGGAGACUUUAAUGCACCUGAUAUUAGUUGGACUGAGAUGACCACGGAUGGAUCUAUAAACUUCUUUGAUAGUAGGUUCCUGAUAACAAUAAUGGAACAUGCACUAGUGCAGCAUGUAUCCAAACCCACACGUUUUGGUACUAACCAAGGUUCUCUGUUGGACUUGGUAAUCACUCAUGAGACUAAGGAUAUUGUCGACCUAAAUAUUCUUCCACCGUUAAUGAACAGCGAUCACGCUGUUUUGUCAUUCACGUUUAGAACUAGGGACAUGUAUUACGAUCAGGUUACGCCCCGCCCAAAUGUAUGGAAAGCUAACAUACCAGCCAUUCAGGAAUGCGCUACUAAGACAGAUUGGUUUGUAGAGACUAGCUUAUCAGUUGAAGAAGCAUGAUCUGUAUUUAAAGGCAAGUUUAGUUUAGUUACGUCCUCGUUCAUAACAUACCUGGUACCGCGUAGACCGAAUAACAGUCCACCAUGGAUAAGUAAACCAGUCAAGAAACUUCUUAGAAGCAGGAAAAAGCACUGGAAUAUGUUCAUCUCUACUAGCUUAGAACAAUACAGAUCCAGGAAUUGUAAGAUUAGGAAUGCAUGUAAAACGUUAAUAAGACUAGACGAUCAUAUGAAAAACAAUUGGUUAGGGAUUGUAGAUAUAGUCCGAAACGGUUAUUCUCGUACUCAGAGAAGCGAUAGAAUUCCAUCACUUUUAAUACAAGAAGACCCAUUAAUCUUGGCAAGAGAUGAUACUGAAAAACCUGAAGCUUUAUCGGAAUAUUUCAGUAAAGUGUUUUCUAUCGGUAAUGGAGAACGACAAACGAUUCAUUGUAAUUGUAGCGGCUCGUUGAUGGAUCCCGCAGUUAUUGAGAAAGGUACCGUCUUAAGGCUACUUCAGCAUCUGAAACCAGAUAAGUCCAGCGGUCCUGAUGAUAUUCAUCCUAGGUUUAUGAAAGCCAUAUCAGAUAUAAUUGCUGAACUUUUAGCGACACUGUUUGACAUAUUUCUGUCCAUAUUAUUUUAUUUAUUUGAACACUAAAAUAUUGGUACAAGACGGCACCAAAUAUAUAUGCGCCACACAGAAAACAAUGAGAAUUUAAAGAGAAGGAAAAAAGGUAAGGAGCGUAAAAAAAAGAGAACAAUAACGAAAAGAUUGGUGUAAGGUAGUGUAAUAAUAUUAAUAGUAAUAAUGAGGGAACGGAAAGGUACAACCAGAAGAAAUCUUUCAGUUAAGGAAGAUACAACCACUUUUUACGAAGAAAGUAAGGGAAGGUUACAGCAGGAUCGCCACUAGCUUCUAUUCUGAGCCAUAUCUGAUAACGUCUCUAGCCAGUGUUGCACCAUCUCUCGAACCGCAGUCAGGGAGUCGUGAAGGACCAACACCAACGGAAGCCAUUAGCUUGGACGCAAUCGGAAGUAGACUUAUCCCCCGAUAGUUGUUACAGGAACGACGUAAACUCUUUUUAAAGAUAGGGACAACUAUCGACUCAUUUCAUGAUGUUAGUACACUCUCUAGCUCCCAGACCUUUGUAAACAACGUCGUCAGUUCCUCAGUCAGAAAGUCACCACCAUCUUUAAAAAGAGCCGGAGGUAAGUCAUCUGGGCCAGGUGAUUUGUAGCGCUUCAAGAGUUGGAGUUCCUUGCGGACUUCCGCCUCAUUUGGUGGAUCAGUCGUCACCGGCCAUGGAGGGCAGGACAAUCUGACCGAUGUUGCCGGAGCAGCAGGCCAGUUGAACUGCCCUUCGAAAAAUUCCGCCCAUCGUCCAAGACGUCGAUGGAUGUUGGUGAUUAACAUCCCAUCAUCCUCGCAGAUUGUUUCGCUCACACCAGACUUCUUGCUGCCAGUGGCUCGAAUGAGUUGGAAGAGCUUCCGGUAAUUACCAGAUGCAGCUGCUGCUUCCAGCUCAUUAGCACGCUCCGACCACCAGGCUCCUCGGUCCUUACGCAAGCUUUGCCCAAUUUCAUUAUGUAACAUCCUUCGUUUGUGGUCAAACUCACGGUCAUCCGGAGUAGACCGACGGGCUACGAAGAGUUGUAAGGAACCAGAAGAAACCCAGUGCUUAUAAGCGGGACGUUUCGCGAACCCACAACUGACUGUACCCGCCAUUUUCAUGGCGUCAUGCAAUUGCAACCAAUCCUCAUCUAUACUUUUCGGUGGAAUGGUAGCUAGCCUAGAAGCUAGCUCGGUUCGAUACUUACUUGCAACAGAAAUUGCAAUCAGCUUGCUAACACCAAUCCUUUGGUGGCGGUCACUUCGCUGAUCACUGAAAAGUAAGGUAAGAUUGGCGCAGACCAAAGCAUGAUCAGAGUCCAGAUAGGUACUCCAGAAUGAGCGGCAGUCUUGUACACAACCACGCCAGCGGUAGCUGAUCGUGAUGUGAUCAAUCUGAGUCCAGGCUACAGAUGCAGACGGAGGACGCCAGGUGGCACAUCGGCGAUGACUGUGCUGUAAGUUAGUGCUAGCCAGAAACAGGUUGUGGUCUGUGGUCUGACUAUCCGAAAACCCACUAGCCGGAGAUUUUCCUCACCGUUUUGCCGAUGGGUUUCAAGUUCAACUAGUGCUUUCUUCCUUUUUAUUCUAUCUUCGAGAGACAUAUCAGGUCUAACUCGGAUGUUGGAAUCGUCGUGACUAUGAGCGCUACUUAACAGGAGAUCCCGUUGCUUAUCUGAUCCUAGAAUUACCUUAAGGAGUCUGCAUGGUCGGGGUUCAACACUGUCCUCAGUCCUCUUGCCUAUUCUAACCAAUUUUUUGACCUGAACUCCUUUAGAGUUAUCUAGUAAAAUACUACGAAUAUAUUCUCCUAGCUUUUCUAAAUCAUGCGCGUGUCUAAUUUUAGGAUCAGGGUCGUUUGACUCCUGCAAUUUGUUCACAAUAAUAUUAGAUGUUAUUUGAUUUUUCUUCUCAGUCACACCAGGAUGGGUUUCACUCUUACCAUCAGAUUUUGGUAGUGCAGUUUGUGACUCACAAUGGAAGUCCACCAGUGAGUUACUAACUACCUGUGUACUGCCUACGGUUUUUCGUUUCGUUUCCGACGUACCGUAGUCCAUUUUUCAUCCCUCAGGACACUGGGACUAUUUGGAACGGUGACGGUUUUAUCCAGUUCGUCGGUUCCCACUAAAGGUGCAUUGUUACCAAUGUCAGUACCAGGUGGUACUACUUCCAUUGUUAAUGUUAACGGAGAUUUCACUUUUACGUCGGUCAGAGUCUGUUGUUUGAGGCGUCGCGUAACAGCAGGUACUACACUGACACAUUCGUCACUGUCAGUGCCCGUGUUGUCAGCGCAUAUGCCAUCGUUCUUCUUACAGCCUAAAGCCAAUAGGCUCAUAGCCUCCUGUAUUAGUAAUGCCUUAUUUGCACAGCAAAACAUGCAAAGUCAAUAUGAGUUAGGCUUCGAACAUCUUUUGUAUGCGGUGGGACUUAAACGAGUGCACAUCUUAUGGAACCACUUAUUGCAUUCGUCACACUGCAUUCCCUCUUCCACAAGGAACACACAGUUUGGUUGUCCACGUUUGUGAGUAGUACCAACCAUUUUAGUCAGAUCAAGGUUUCAAACAAAAUAUGAACACAAGUGUCAGUCAAUGAGUAAAAGGGUACCACAAGACAAACUUUAGCAAGAUUUCAAACCUUAACUAAAGUACUUUUAAUAUAAAAUAGACCAAGAAUGCUUUUGAUACAACAAUUACACAAAAGCAAGAAUAAUCACAUCAAGUACAAAAUCACUGCCCUUUUUGAAACGCGCUCGUGUAUUAUUGUUGUCUAUGGACGACAAUUCUACUGUAUGCUAUUUAAAAUUAGUCCCUUGAUAUUACUUUUAAUUCCGAUAAAUUGCUUAUUGUAUGUCAAGCAAAUCUAAUUUCAUGGGUCAUUGAGUGACUUGGUUUCUUAGCCCUUCAUCUUCUAGUACUGAUGGAUAAAAUAAAAGCUUCCUAUAUAUGCAAUAUCUAUUAUACAUUGAUUUUUAGGUUUAUUAGUAGCAUUGAACAAUAUAGUUGAAGAUAUGGUUUGUAUUCCGUGUAUCGUAAUACCAGUAAUGUUAUGGAUACUACAUCGGCUUUUAUAUCCUGUCAUGUACUACUUUUUUCCAAAAUUAAAGCCCAUUCCAGAGCCGACAGUUGAUGAAUCGGUAAGAACUAUUUUCAUGAUAUAUUUUGCAUCAUAAUUAUAAAAAUUGGCCCCUAUGUAUAUACCAGAAUACUGAGAUAACGUCACAAGAACUUUAGUGUAUUUUGAAAUUAGAAACUUGGUGAAACUGUAAUUUAUGAACUGUCUGUGUUGGACGCUAGUGAUCUUGAUAAAAACUCACCGAUUUACUAGGUUCAAAACAGGGUUAUAAUUGUGAGGAAUCGGUAGCGUUUUUCUGGUAAGCGUUUUUUUAGCGAGUUAGUUUUCUACGGGAUGGGGACGCUAACCCCAUGCCCAACCCUCCUCCUUCACCCGGGCUUGGGACCGGCAGUAACCCUAUUAGAGCUACAGGCAGAGUUGAGGAAUCGGUAGGUGAGACUGUAAUUUGUGGACGACUUUUGAGCGACACUGAAAUGACUUUGAGUGGGAACACCUACUGAUUAGGACUAAAUGAGGGUUAUAAUGCAGUUGGAAUUCUCAUUUACAGUUGAUGGUUAGGGUUAAAAAUUAGAUUUAUUGUUUCCAUCACGAACUGAUAUCAGCUGUAAUGCCAAAACUCUAUUUAUCCAAAUGUGUGGAUGAAUUUCCCGCCAAAAUUCGUGAGUCGUUAUCUUAUAUCUAAUUGGUUCGUCUAUAAAUUAUAGUCUCGUCAAAGAUUCUUCCUACUCACUUCUAUUCUGUUCUCACUCUCAUUUGUAUUCAGAAAAAAAUCACUGUUUAAGCACAAAUGUGUUCUCAUGUUAGGUUAUGAUCCAUGCUGAGUUUCUUCAAGAAUUCCACACUUAUCCAAAUUUCAUCUUGACUAAGUGAUUUUUCUCAGAGAAUCGUUUUACCAUGAGCUCCCGAACCAGUUAAAAAUCAGUGAAAAUUAAAAAGAAUUGACCAGCUGUUUCAUCCUAGUAUGGAACUGACCAAAAACGCACAUCUACAAUUCGACCCCUUAGCGUUUAAGUCUUGGUAUUAUAACGGAACUAUUAGAACAUUGUGUCGGAAGCAAACAAUCAGUGUCCCCAGCUUGAAUCAGUAAGCGAUACAGUCUGAAAGCUUUCAGCAAUGUUUUAAACAAUUAGAGCGGGGAUAGAUCAAGCUGGUUCACGAAAAUCAGAUUUAUGUUUUAAAAGAGAACAAGAUUGCUCUUGCCUAGCAAUGUUCUUAUGUUUUCAGCUCGCAUAUUCAUUAGAAAAAUUGAAUUUUUAAAAUCGUUUAUGUUACUGUUGUUUUAAUUCACAACUCUCCUCUUCUUAUAUCUCUACCUAUCACGCUAAAGGAACAAUUGGAUGAUAUUACAAAAGACGAUGUAACCGAUACUUAUCAGCCAUCAUCACCUUCAAAGUCUAAAUCCGACUGAUUUCUUUCUUUUUGCAUUCUGUAAAUUGACUUUUGAUCUUACUUGAAUAAUUUAAAGUUCUUUUUAUGAAAAAAAGGCUGGUUGUUCUAUGUUUGUACAAUAGACUGUUUUAGGGGGGAAUUAUAAUAGGAUUAUUGUGUUCGUCAAGUACCAUCGUUUUUUCUUCAACCAAACUUGAAGCGGCUCAAUAAAAGGUUGCCACUAAUUCUGGAACACAUGUUUAGACUCAGAUAAUCUCUCUAGUGUGGGCAUGUAUUUGUCAGCGUCUCAUCGGAUGUAAAAAAAGCCACAACAAUAGAACCUUUUGAAGUUCAGCCUAAUGACGAAUUCAUGAUGAUAUUUCAGAAACAGCUAGAGAAGUUAGCCAACCAUUAAAGUAAUAUCCGUCUCAAGGUAGCUUGGUAUGAUAUCCGAGCAGCUGUAAAAACAGUUAUGAUAUUUACCAUUGAAUUAAAGCAAAAAUGUCAUGGAUAGAUUCUAUGUUUAAGACAUGAAUAACAUUAGUACCUUUUGCAUAAGUUUCUAGAAAUUCAGGGCCAUUGUUGGCGCUAUAAAUAUUCUUUCAUCGAAAUAAUUCCAAGCGUAAAACGUCAUUCAUAAUUUCCACCUUUCUGCUACUUUCGAGGUUAAAGUCUCGAAGAUGCUGGGAAUCUAUAAGCUAUUUCAGAAGUUUCCACCUCAAAUUUUCAACAUACAUACAUGUCUUGUCAGUUUUUUUUAUUCGUUCAACAAUUUUCGCAACCCGAUCUUUCUUAGGCAUAUAUAACCAAGUUCGCGAUACUUUUCAAUAUUUGGCAAAUUUACUUGAUGGUGUUUUGUCCAAAUUUAUUGACCAAUUACUUUGUCUUCAUGUAAUCAGUUUUGCUAAUCCCUCAGUUCUGUUUCUAAGACUUUAUAAGUUGUGUAAGUCUACAGUAAAACUACUACAUCGUAAAACUAGUUGGGGAUCGUGGAGAUGAUUUGUUUUCAUGAGUUGUGCUAAAUUCAAAAAGUAUUGCUAAUCCUCAUCUACUGAAUAAGUGAUUAUGUUGAGAUUUCCUUUUUGGAAUGAUUAAAGCUCAGAAAUUUGGUACUAGUCUAUUAUGGAAUCGUAGAAUGGAAACAACUGUUUAAAUGCCAAAUACAUGCUAAGUUUUUAUUCUUUCAUGUGUUAAGAGUGAAUCAGCAAGUAUAUCAUUA